AUGGAAAACUAUCCAAUAAGGCAGCAGCAGGGCCAGCUACAAGCAAACCCUAGGGAAGAUGGUCUCCAUGGGAGUGACAUGUCUGGGAUCCGCAGAGGGGACGAACCACAGCAGCAGCAACAACAACAGCAGCAGCAGCAGCAACAGCAGCAGCAAAGGCACCCGGUACCCUUGCAACCUAACUAUCAAUACGAAUAUCCUUACAAGUAUCCCAGUGUGUCAAACGUCAUGUAUGCGGGGAACAAUCCUCCACGGAACAGCGUAUCCUAUUACGUGAAUGAGCAGGAUUCUUCACACCAACUCUCUAAGCAGAGCAGUGGUGUUAAUGUCUUGUAUCCAAACGUUUUACCGGGAAUGUAUCACCAGGGCAACGUGUUUCAGGCAGGGACGCAGCCGCAAUCAUCAGCCCCGCCCCCACAGCAGCACCCGCAGCAGCAACAAUACUACCAAUACCCGCCAAACAUGCCUCUGACAGCGCCGCAGUUUCCGCCGCAUCAGUACUAUCCCAUUUAUCCGCCGGUCGGGGGGCUAUCGCAACCUCGCGAUACCGCAGCACAACGGUCACGGCAACUGGUUCUCCUAGAUAACUCUAAUUCCAAUGGAAUGCUGCCAAGUUUACAAAUCCAGCAGCCGCUGAUACAGCAGACGGCCGGCAAACAUCAUCUAUCCAUACCGUUUCAACCGCCACAUACCCAGGCGAGGAUUGCGCCCGCGGACGAUCCAAGACUGACAUAUCAGCAACCUCUACCACUGCCGUCCGUCGCCCCGAGUGGGUGGAUUAACGAUACCAAUGACAAUAGUGAACGUAGAGCCGACGGCAAUGUACCGAGAAUUAAGGACAGCAUUGAUGGAGCCGACGAUAUCGACAACUACGACGAGGAUGGUGAUCGGAAAUCUGGAAGGAGAAUUCUAGACCAAGGCUCCGUCCAUAAAUGCCAUCUAUGUAACAAAUCUUUCAAGAGAAGGUCUUGGUUGAAACGUCAUUUACUGUCCCAUUUCCCAGAUCGUCAUUUUGCAUGUCCCUGGUGCCUGAGCAAACACAAAAGAAAGGACAAUCUUUUGCAGCACAUGAAACUCAAGCAUACGGAUUACGUCUUACAAGAGCUGCGUUCACACAACAUCAAAGUGGAUGGUGGUUUCCUUACAAUUUCAAACAGCAACAACAACAGUAACAACAGCAAUAACAACAGCAGCAACAACAGCAGCAGCACCUCUACCAGCAGCAGCAGCAACAACAUUAGAUCCUUGCUGUACGAGGGAAAAUUGAACAAAGAUGAAGUUAAAAAAGUUCUAAAUUCUCUCAUUGAUAAGCAUAAUAACGCGCAUAAUUGA